CCAAUCACACACUCACCUCCGUCAUGUCGCUGCUCGUGUUCUCACUACUGCUGCUGCUGCUAGUGUCGCCUCAAGGGGCGCCUGCCGCCGAUCAGCAGCCGCCGGCGAAGCCCAUACUGACCCCUAUCUUCAAGGAUCCCUCCACCUCCCUCUACACCAUCCCCAUCGAGGACGGCGGCGCGCGGCUGGUCCUCGACCUCGCUGGCCCACUGCUCUGGUCCACGUGCGCGCCGGCGCACCGUACCAUCCCGUGCUACUCCAGCGUGUGCAGGGUCGCCGGCAGGAACCCGCCGGGCGGCUGCGCUUGCACGAGCGGCAGCCAGCCCAACACCAACCCCACAGCCACAGGGAGGCGCUGCACCUGCACCGCGUGCCCGUACAACCUGGUGGCCACCGGCCAGUGCGGCCGCGGCGACGUCACGGCCGUGCCGCUCUCCGCGAACGCCACGGACGGCAAGAACCCGCUGUUCCCGGUGUCCUUCUCCGCGUUCGGGUCCUGCGCGCCCGACGCGCUCCUGGCGUCGCUCCCCACGGGUGCCGCCGGCGUCGCGGGGCUGUCGAGGCUGCCCCUGUCGCUGCCGUCCCAGGUCGCGUCCGCGCUCAAGGUGCCGAAGCGGUUCGCCCUGUGCCUCCCCACCAGCGGCGCCAGGAGCGGCGCGGCCAUCUUCGGCGGCGGCCCGUUCCAGCUCCUCGCGGCGCCGCCGGUGGACGUCGCCGAGGGUUUCUUUGAGGACCCGCACCCAUUCCACUUCCUCAAGAGCCCCAGGAACGGCGCCUACUACGUCCGCGUCACCGGCAUCGAGGUGAACAACGAGCGCGUGCCCUUGCCGCCGGGGACCUUCGACCUCGACGCCCGCAGCGGCACGGGCGGCGUCAUGCUCAGCACGGCGACGCCCUACACCACGCUGCGGUCCGACAUCUACCGGCCACUGCGCAGGGCCUUCGACGCGGCGACCAGCGGCAUCCCGCGUGCGGCGCCGGUGGAGCCGUUCGAGAUGUGCUACCAGGUGUCGGCGCUGAGCUCGACCCGGCUCGGCUUCGCCGUGGCCAACAUCGUGGUGCUGCUGGACGGGGGCGGGAGCUGGCUGCUGGCGGGUAACGCCUCGCUGGUGCAGGUGAACGACCGGACCGUGUGCUUCGCGUUCCUUGAGACGGUGGCUCCAGGCUCGCCGGCGCUCAUCUUUGGUGGGUUCCAGAUGGAGGACCACCUGCUGCUGUUCGACCUGGACAAGGAGGCGUUUGGCUUCCGGGGGCCGCUCCCUGGAAUCCGCACUAACUGCGGCAACUUCGACUUCAACAUGGCCACUUUUUAACACUUUAGAACAUGGCCUUACAAAUAUAUCGAAAUGUCCCACGUGUAAUCCAUGUAGUACCGUUUUGUUUAUGCUGAAGUACUACUACUGUAGCGCUCUGCCAACAAAAAUAAACGAGCAUCUUUGCUUU